AGUGGAAACAGUUCACAGUGGAGAUGUUGUGCAGAAGCUUCGCACUUUAGCGUAUUUUUUCUUUGCCAGCGUCGUGUGAGUGUGAACGCAGACAUGCAGCAGUCUGUGGAGGCUCUGGUCCGACUGCUGGAGUCCUACAGAGGCAGAGACAAAGUUAUCAGGACGCUCUGUUACGGCUCUCAGCUGGUCGGAGGAGCUCUUUCCCGGAAGGCAGAAGCCAACGUUUCGUCCCACCAGCUCGGGAAGAGUCUGCUGCUGUUUUCUGCUCAGCUCAGUCACUGCCGGACGGUGCUGAGGCUGUUUGAUGACCUCUCCAUGCUGGCCUACUCUCACAGCUACGGGCUUGGAGCUGGGGAGGAGGAUGCAGGCGUUCGCUGGAUAUCGGUGCUGACCAAUGUGGCUGACCAGCUGUACUACCCCUGUGAGCACAUCGCCUGGGCCGCCGACGCCGAGCUCAUCAGAGUCAAGUCUGAUAAGUGGUGGCUGCUCUGCACGGUGCUGUGGGGAACCUCGCUGCUGCUGGGAGUCCUCAGAUCACUACGAGUUCUGACGCUUCUGAAGAAGAAGAUGAGGAAAUCUGAGAGGGACAGAGAAGGCAGAAGUCGCUCUCAGCUGCGCAGCCAGAUGCGAGGGGAGAUGCUGUCCAUCCUCAGCAGCAUGGCUGACCUCAGCAACGCCAUUCACUGGAUGCCGCCGGGCUUCCUGUGGGCGGGACGAUUCCCCAGCUGGCUGGUGGGGCUGAUGGGCACCACCUCCUCUCUGAUCGGUUUGAUCCAGAUGAGCUCCGGCAACGGUGACCAGUCAGACAGCACAUAGUCGUCACCGCGGUGAGGAAGAAUCUGAAGCGUUGAUGGAUAAACUGCUGACUGAAUGAGUCAUAGCAGAUCUUUGGUUUGAUCAGAGUCCAAUCAGACUGUCUGUGGAUGCUAAUUUCAGUAGCUUGUAGAAAGAAAUGCAUCUAAAAUCUAAAUCAUCUUGACCAUAGAAAAUGAAUAGAUUGAAUGAACUUGUCGUCACUCAUCCGCGUCCUUAACGAGAUGUAACUGAAAGCCUCUUUAACAAGUGACAAAGAAUCUUCAGUUUAAUGGAUAUGAUCGAUCAAAAAUUCUGCUGUUUAGCUCUUACUUUAUAGUUAUCAAUUUAUAUGUAAUUAAAUGCAGAUGACAGUAUUUCCUGCCACUUUAGUGCAGUGUAGAGGUUUUCAGAAAGCAGGAUUCACAUGAUAAUUCAAGCCAUAAUGACUCUGAGGUUAACCGGAGGCAGCUUCUGGUGUAAGUUGUCCUUAGUGCACAAUUAUUUUGCCUAAAGUGUUCAAGACUCUGUGCAAGUGUGUUUAUCAGUGUGGAAAGUCAAUCUGCAUCCUCUUCCUCUCAGGUCACAGGUCAAUUCUUGCAACAAACACAGAAGGUUUAAGACUCUACUGGUUCAGUCAAUCACCUCAAAGGUCAGUGCAUAAGUAGCUGUAACAGGGAUGAUGUCGGUUGUGAAUAACAAAGGAAAGUGCAGGUUUUUAAGUAACUGUUGCCUCAGAGACACACUCCGUACACCUGGUUUUGAAUCUCGCAUUGAUUUAUGAACUGUGAAUAUGUUAUCAUGCCUUAAUCGAGCUGCUGGAAUCCUUCAGAUUUUGUCAAAUAAUGUUUAAAGUUGAGAUUAGAGCUCAUUCAUGUCAUGUAAUGUCCUUAAGUUACACUACAACAGUCGGGUUUAUGAAUAAGUUCCUCUGGCAUUGACAUUGUCCUAACUGGUGAAAUUAGCUGCAGAAAUGUCUGAUUUGCAACAAAGAACCAGUACAGACUGAUGUAAGACUUUAGAGUGAAGCCUGGUAUGCUCACUGAAGAGGUUGUAUAUUAAAACGGUCUGUGUUAUUGCUCAAAGUGGACACCGAAGCUGCCUGAAAUGUACACUGUAAAAUGUAAAAUGAUUGUUAGAUAAUAUAAUAAAAUGAUCUUUUCUAAAUGA